AUGAAAAAUCAAUAAGGAUAUCUAUCAGAAUAAGACAUAAAUUAGAAUCAUAAAAAAUGUAGUAAUUGUUAUAAAAUGGUGAAUGAGAAACGUAAUUCAUUAUUAUUCUCAUUGGCUCAACCUAAUCGAAAUAAGAAUACAUCAUUUGUUCCUGAAUUUUAGGAGAUGCCAAUAUUAUAACGAAGAAAAAGUUAUUAAGAAGGUAUUUCAGGAUAGAAAAUGAAUCGAUUAAAUUGUAUAUACCCUCAAUCAAUUUGUAUGUAACAUGCAAUUUAGAAAUCAAAGAUAGACAAUAAAGCUACACUGAGAAAGGCUGUAAAGAGAGCUUCAAUGAUGAUGUCAACAGUGAAAUAUUGGAAGGAUCAUUCUUAAAAGAAAAUUGAAAUUCCAACUAUCAUUAAAUCAAUUCAUACAAAAGAUAGUUGUUUAUAUGAUAAAAAUGCAUUAACAACUAGGAGUAUAAAAAAAAAUGAAUUACCUCCUGUGCUUCUCAGUUAAUUUAGAAUUAGAAAUAAUGAAAAGUUAAUUAAAUAUAGUCGAGAUAGAACUGCAGAUAAGACUAAGUCAGUUAGUCAUCAUCACUUUUCAAAUCUCCAAACUCAAACAAUCAAAAAUUUUUCUUUAAGAUAUAGCAUUUAAAAUGCUAAUAUCAGAAUUAAAUAGUGA